ACCAAAGUGAUCAGCGUGAAGGGUGGAGUUCAAAUACGAAUGUCUGUCUGUCCGUCCCUCCGUCCGUCUGUGCAAGCUGUUACUUGAGUAAAAAUUAAGAUAUCUUAAUGAAACUUGGCACACUUAUUACUUGGUACCAUAGGAAGGUUGCUUUCGAAAAUGAGCAAAAUAAAUAAAGCUAUGGAAAUAAAAUUUGGUAUGAAGGGGCAUAUUUGGAUGUAAUUUUUUUGGGAAGGUGGGCCGUUCACAAAUAGGUUUUUUGUACAUAUCUCAGAAACCAAACUUUCUGCAGUCGUUUUUUUUUCCACUUCUUAACACAGUCCAAACAUAAAAGAAAUCGGAUAAUAACCACGCCCACCUCCCAUACAAAGGUUAGGUUGAAAAUUACAAAAAGUGGGUUAACUCACUAACGAAAAACGUCAGGAACACUAAAUUUCACAUAAGAAAUGGCAGAAGGAAGCUGCACUCAGAUUAUUUUACAAAAUGGAAAAUGGGUGUGGCGUCGCCCACUUAUGGGUCAAAAACCAUAUCUCAGGAACUACACGACCGAUUUCAAUGAAACUUGGUUUGUAAUGGUUUCCUUACAUCCCAAUGAUAUGUUGUGAAAAUAGGCCAAAACGCUUCACAACCACGCCUACUUCCUAUAUAACAGAACUUUGAAGACGAUCUGAAUCGUUUACUUUACAAUAUAUAAAGAAAGCACUAGUGAAGAUAUCGCUGCAGAACUUUGCACAAAUACUAUGUUUAUAGUGUGGCAGCCCCAUUCUAAAAAUCGACGAAAUCAUACCACAGGUUUUUAAGGCCCUAUAUAUCGAACACGAGGACCUCGGUGCUUCUAACCUAAUAUUAUGGUUUCCAACUUUCAAUGGGCUUUAUACAAUAUAUAUGACGAAUAUGUGGGUCAAAUUGUGUAUUAUAUAAUAUAAAUAAAGUUAAAUAAAUAAAUUGCGAGAAUAUGAAAUGUUCGGUUACACCCGAACUUAGCCCCUCCUUACUUGUUUUAAACUAUAUUUAUUUUACUUAUGUAUUUUAAAUUGCCCCACGCAAGAAACGGAAAAGUACGUACCUAUGUAUGGGAGAGUGUGUAUAUGUGUGUAAAGACUUCACUUUUGAAAUGUUUGUUUAUGUACAUAUAGAAAUGUGAGCACUUUUGUGCGGAAAAUUGCAACUAUAGUUUUCGCGUUUGAAAACAGUCUAAUGAGCCACCGUUAUCUGAACCAUAUUAUAAUAUUGAAAAUUUAAGAAAGUACUGUACUCGUUUAAUAAAUAAAAAUACGUUCGAGACUCGAUCUCUCAAAAACUUCGCGGCAUCCUGUUAGCCUCACAUUUAUAACUUGUUUGAGCCUCUCUCUCUCUAAUACAUAGUUAUUGCUUUCUUAGCUAAAUGCAAGCAUACUGAAAUAAACACGCAUUCAUAAAUAGUCUUACAUAGAUUCAAAUGUAUGUACAUUGGUACAGUAAGAUCAACACCACACAAACUGGUUUAAAAUUCAGUUUGAACUCUUUGUUACUUAUGUACGUACUUGUAUAAUUACGUAAGUGUAUAUAUAUACUAACAUAUGUUCGUAACACUUUUUCAUUUAAUUUGUUAGUCGAUUUUAAUACAACUCAGUCCUUUUAGUUGUAAAAUACUAUGAAAUAAGACAAGAAAGGAAGUCAUAAGUUCGGGUGUAGCCCAACAUUACAUAAUCUCUCUAUUAAAGGAGUAUAUAGAAUUUUAGACAGAGUCCAAGAGGAUGACAACUGCUACUUGUGCGGACAUAUUAAAUUUUCUAUAAAUUUAACUUUCCAAGUGAAUAAAAUUGUAAAAUCAUAAAAAAGUGCUAAAUAAACUUGAUAGUGACAUUGUACAAUUGAACUGAAGUGGAAAUUUGCAAUAGUUUUCAGUUAAACUCAAUAAAAGAAUUUUUCUAACGCGCAAAACAGAUAUCGAACACGUGUUGAUUUCGCAUUUUGAGGUUAAGCUGAAUGGAAAGGAAAAAUCGUAAAAAAGUGCUAAAUAAACUUGAUAGUGACAUUGUAUAAUUGAAUUGAAGUGAAAAUUUGCAAUAGUUUGCAGUUAAACUCAAUAAAAAUAAUUAUUCAAAUACGCUAAAACAGACAUCAAACACGUGUUAAUUUCACAUUUUGAGGUUAAGUAUCAGUACAAAUAAAAAUCUGAUUUACAAAAAGGUUAAAAUACCUUCCGUUAAACAUAUCAUUGAAUUCAAUUCACCAGUGCCUAUAAAACACAAUAAUUAAGGUAACAUUAAAUUUUCUAAAAUGAACAGAAAGGGCGGGGGGCAGGAAUGUCCCUCAGCCUAUAACACCACCAUCAGAAGCAGAAGCAGUAGUCGGAGAAGACGAGACUCACCUCAGCAAAAUGAUCAAGAAGCACAAUUAGCCAUGAAAAAUAACACAAAUCAAAACAAACCUAAUUACACAUAUAACUCUAACCAUAAAGGGUUAGGGUGGUAUACGUAGUUAAAAUAUCAAAUAAUGGUGAAAGACAACCUAUCAAUGCAAUCAGCUUAAAUAAAUACAUUAUAAAUAAUAAAAUUUCCGAUAUUAUUGACAUCAAGAAAAUUGUAUUCGGACGAUGUAGGCUACUAUUCAAAAACGGCAACGCAGCCAAUAAAUUUUGUGAAUCAAUACACGGAGAAUAUGAAGGUAAAAUAUUUGCACACUUUAUCUCCAAAAGAGGCAUCAUAUUCGACAUCCCUACUGAAUUAACAGAAGAAGAAUUAAUAAAGGACAUAAAUUCACCGGUUAAUAUCAAACAAAUUAUCAGAAUAACGAGAAAAGUUAAUGAUCAAUUCAUCCCAACUCGCAGAAUAAAAAUCAUAUUUGAAGGUUUAGAAAUACCAACUGAGAUAACAUAUUCCUACACAAAAAUACAAGUCAAACCAUUCAUUUCCUUUGGACAAUGCUACAAUUGCUUCAGAUACAAUCACUUUUCAAAGCACUGCAAACAGCAAAAAAAAAAUAUACCCACAAUGUGGUCAAUCUCAUGAUCUCAACGACAAAUGUAAUACAAUCUCGUGUACCAACUGUGAAGGAAAUCACAGCGCAACAGACAAAAACUGCCCAGCCAGAAUCAAAGCUUAUACUAUCAAAAAGAAUAUGGCAUUGGAAAACAUCACUCAAAUGGAAGCAAGGCUAAAAUAUUCAAAUAUCUUCGGGAACAGAUUUUCAAUUUUAAAAGACAACACAACAUUAGAUACAGAAUUUCCACAACUCCCAACUGGUCAAAAAAGAAAACUGUAUAACAAUGCAACCGAAGCGGCAAAACACAUACACCAACAAUACUCCUACGCGAAAGUAACAAAAAUGAAUACAAAUAGAAAUCGAGAAGAAAGUAAUGCCAAUAAAACUAUGGCGGAUUGGAAAAAACUUACACAGGAAAAUAUACACACAAAUAAACAUGCACAAUUAGCUUUUCCCACAGAGAUACAACAACUCAUACAAAAACAAGAUGACUUAGCAACAAAAAUCAACCAUUCUAUAUCCAACAUAUUAACAACAAACCCCAGCAACAAAAACACCAAAGACUAUCAUGAUAUGCUCAUAAAAAUCCAAAAUGAAUUUAGACAAAUGAAUGUCUACACAGACUUGUGGAAAAUAAACAACGAAACACUGAAUGAUAAUAUUACAAUAUAACAUCCAAAGUUUAAAAAAACAUAACAACAAAGAACUUUUAGAAUUAACUUUAACAAAUAAAAAUUUUGUAGGUAAAUUUCGAAGUGAUGGCUACGGAGGAGUUGGCAUUUAUAUUCGAAAGAGCAUUAAAUUUUCAUUAAUAAAAAUCGCAACAAAUGCGGAAAUUAUUGGUAUAACAACUCUGAACCUAAAAACUAAUAUAAAUAUAUUUACCAUAUACUGCCCACCAAAUAUGUCCAAUGCAAAUUUCAAGGAGGAAUUAUUCAAAAUAUUCUCUUUGGCUAAAAACUUAAAAUUUAAAUCAAUAAUAGGAGGAGACUUUAAUUGUAAAGCAACACUUUGAGGAAGUGAUAGCAACGACAACAAGGGCACCAUACUCGAAAAUAUAGCAUCAGACUGUGGAUUUGAUUGCUUAAAUGAGGGUACUCCAACAUACCGACAAAAUGAUCACACCUCCCAUAUAGACAUCACUUUCUGCAACAAAUAUCCAAUUAAUAUAGAAAGGAAAGUUCUAAACACAAAAAUCUCCAAAAGUAACCAUUACCCUAUCCUAAUCAAACUUAACCAAACCUUUGACAAAAAACAACAAAAUACACACAAAAUUCUACACAACAAAAUUAUCACGGAUAUUUCAAAAUUAAAAAUCGGGCAUACAUUACAAGAAGUAAACAGGUCUUUCAAAUCACUAAUUCAAAAAAACACAAUUCAUAUUCAUGACAACAACAAAUAUGUUCCUAAAAAAUGGUGAAAUACAGAACUGGAUAAACUUUAUGGACACCGCAACAAUGCCAGAGCAUUAUAUGAAAACCUAAGAUCUACAGAAAAUCUUAACAAACUAACCGAGGCACAAAAUAAACUAACAACAGAAAUAAAUAAACAAAAGAAAGAAAACUUUAAUCAAAUCUUAGAAGAAAUUUCAAAUAGUAAUAACAGCAAACAAAUAUUGAAAUCAAUCAACAAUAUCAAAAAAUAUGGAUGUAACAAGAGAAUAAACAACAGCUGGAAACAAGAGGAAAAAUAGAAAUUUUUAGAAUUAAUAACAGGCUCUAACCAAAACCAAAAUUUUUCAACAAAUACCUACCAAAACAAUAAUGAUAUAGAACUACCAGAAUUGACCUUUGAAAACUUAAACAAAUUUUUAAGUCAACGCAAUCCAGAUUCAGCAAAAGGGAUGGAUGGCAUAUCCUAUAGAAUGCUUUCUAAUCUAACAGAAGAAGAGAAAAAAGGACUCCUUCAAAUAUUGAAAAAUAUUUGGAUAAGUGGAGUACUACCAGAAGAAUGGAGAGACAUAAAAAUAAUUCCAAUACUUAAACCAAACAAAAAUCCAGAAGACAUCACAAGUUACAGACCAAUAGCAUUACUAUCAACAACACUCAAAAUUAUGGAAGGUUUCUUAAAACUAAAUCUGGAUAACUUUAUUAAAAGACACGAUCUUAUACCACCUAGAUCAUAUGCUUUCCAAAGGAAAAAAUCCACAACAUUCUGUAUCAAUGAUGUAAUAAACACAGUUCUACUAAACAAAGCCAAAGAAAUGCACGUUGCCGGUUUGUGUAUUGAUAUCGAAAAAGCAUACGAUAACCUGAAUAUUACAAAAUUGACAAACAUUCUUUACAACAAAGGUAUUUCACCGGUAAUAACAAACUGGAUAAAAAAUUUCCUCAGCAAAAGAAUCUUACAUUUAGGAAAUACCUCAACUACGAGCAACAAAGGUUUAUUACAAGAUUCGGAAUAUCACCAACAAAAGCCUUAUUAUUUUACAAAGCAUUUGCAAGAUCAAAAAUGGAAUAUGCUGCAUCUUCUUUUGCGAACCUAUCCAAGAAAGCACUAAGCAAACUAAAAAUCUGUGACAACAAAAUUCUCAGAAAAUGCUUGGGACUUAUCAAAUCAACUCCAACACAUAUUAUACACCACAUGGCAGCGGAACUACCGGGAGAAUACAGGUUCCAAUUGGCAACUGCAAAGGAAAUCUCAAAACUAAUAGCGUAUAAUCUACCUUUAGCCGACUCAUUAAUCAACCAACCAUUAACAUACUCUACCAGCUAUACAAUGAUUUUUACAGAAUUUGAACCCAUGUUCAGAGAAAUUGAAAAACUACCAUCGAGCACUACAAAUUCGAAAAUUAAAGUAGACAUUGAUUUCUUCAAAAACAUUACAAAAUCAAAAAAAGAAGCGAAUGAGGAACAAAUAUACCAACUAUUCAAUAAAAAACUAAACGAUUUAAAAGACAGAAAUAUAGAAACUAUUUUCACAGAUGGUUCGGUUAAAGAGGACUCAACAAAAGCUGCUUUUUAUCACAAUAAAUCUAAUACCAUCCGCUCCUUCCACACAAAUAAACGAAUGGCUUCAAUGACUGCUGAAUUAAUAGCCUUUAUUAAAGCAAUAGACUUUGCCAUAACACAUCAAAUAAAUCGACUAGCCAUCCUAACAGAUAGCAAGUCAGGCGUAAUGGCAUUAACCAACGAAGAUUCAAACAAUUAUCUUACAAUUGAAAUCCGCAACAAAAUUCAGAAUAGCAAUCUUGAAAUAGUAGAAUUUCCUUUCAUUCCAAAUCACAGUGGAAUUCACCAAAACAACAUAGUGGACAACGCAGCAAAAAAUGCAGACCGCAAUGGCGAAUUUAUACAUUUAGGAUGGACUAUAGAUGACGCCUGCAAAGAAAUCGAAAGAAUCCUCACGAUAAAAUGGCAAAGACACUACAGUAUAAUCAGCAACGAUAAAGGAAAAAAAUAUUAUCAAAUGUUUCCAAAAAUCUCUAAACAUCCUUGGUUCAAAUUUUUAAAUAAUAAAAUAGAAGCUAAUCUAAUCAAGCAAAUGAAUAGAACUCUAACUGGACACGCAUUCCGCAAUGAAACUUUGGCCAAAUUUAAUAUCAUACAAUCAAGCAAUUGCGAAACAUGUCAAGUUGAUGAAACACCAGAACAUAUCAUCUUCAAAUGUACUAAAUUUAACACAACAAGAAACUUAUUUACAAAAAUCCAAGAAGCCUCAUCAAUACAGGAAUUUUACAAAAAUAACCAGAAAACCUUUUAUUAUACGAUAAUAAACUUCCUUAAACAAAUUAAAGCACAAAUUUAAAAAUUCAUAUCUCAUCAUCCAAUAUUCAACCAUUAUUACAUAAAUGAA